AUGGGAAGAGGAAAGGAUAAGAAUAAAGGCGGCGGCAAGGAGAAAGGGUUUGCUCAAGAUCAAACAGGCUAUGCGCCCGGAAUGCAGGGAGCGGUCCGGACUGGUCCUAUUACACAGGGCCAACAGAUUGACGCGGCGGACAUUGAGGAACGUAAUUAUCUGAACCAGGGAGACUACGACCAGGUCCGCGCGUACGGAAACCGUGCUGGUCCGGCGGAUUCGUACGGGGGGCAAGGGUAUUAUCAUUGAAAGUGGUUCUUUUGAUUUCGGUGACAGUGCCAUUUGUUUUUCUUUUUCCAGACCUAAAAAAGCCUGUGUGAUUGCUGUAAAUAAUCGUGAUGACGGGAUGACUAUAUGAAAAGAGAUUCUUGUACUUGUUUUCCAAUCUCGAACUCGACGAUAUGAUAUCGAUGUUUUUAUUCGAACGACCUGCUACUCAGGUACGCCAGUACUCCGGAAACGAACAGCGCGCAGCAAGGCCAGGACGGGCAGCUGCGCGGCUACGGUGCUGCUGCGUCGCGCGGUGCAAACACCCAGUUUAAUCCGGAUGAAUUAAUGGGUCGCCCCACCGGAAUGUCGCAGAGCGAGUACCAUGCCGGCGGAGCGGGGCAGCAGUUUGCGAACUACGGUGGAACAAACCAGGGGACCGACCCAGACGCCGAAACAACCGAGUUUGCAGCCGAUGAUUCCUCUCCGGAUGGCGGCUUCAAAUUCAGUAUGCGCACUUGACCUACUUUCUGUUGAUAGUAGAUACGUUUCAUUUUUGUAACUUGAUACUCGAUGUUUCUAAUUCGCGUUCUGUGCUUUGUAAACGACACGCAAAUGUUGAACUUUGAACGAGCGAGCAUCAAAUCAAUCUAUCUGAUCUAAAACAAUGAUCUCAAAACGAUAUGCAGGUGUCCGCGGAAUGUUCUCGAGUGUUUCGAAUGGUGUUUCCACUGCGGUCUCGACUGUUACGCAGGGAGUAUCAAACGGCGUAUCCACUCUAUCGACCGGCGUCUCGACCCGGGUGCAAACCGUCCGCGAUUCCAUGCCCGGAAUGCCCGAUACCACGGGGGUACUACUAGACGCUCUUUGGCUUUGCUUUUUUGGUUCAUCAAAAUCUGAAAAAAACUGCACUCGACCAUGCUGGUCCGGUUUCCAGCGAGAUUGUUUUUAAUCUGUCACGGUGCAUUUCGAUGUGUGAAAGGUCCAUUUCGAUGUGUGAAGCAGCACUUACACACUGAAAGCCGCAUCUUUUUCUUUGCAAGUUGUGCGAACAUUCAAGGUCUUUGGUUUCGGCGAUGGUGAGGGGACGAAACUCUCCGCGGUGGGCGACAAGCUGCAUUCCAUGACUCUGGGCCCGCUUGGCAACCUGGCGGAAAGCACGGGGAAAUCCAUAAAGCGUGGAGCCACCUCCAUUGUCGACACCUCGGCGGGCCUGUACGAAACUUCUCGUCAAAGCGUCACGUUUUACUCUUACCAGACCUACGCCUACACCACGUACCUGUACCACAUCAGCGUGUUCCUUACUUUUCUCACGUUGUUGGUGGAUUUGUUUGCAGUGGGAAGCCUGUGCACCAUCGGACUCGAAGCAGCUGACUGCUCGUCGAAAAUCGCCAUCGCGCUCGGGCUCGUCUUGCCUGGAGUUCUUUUCGACUUGGUGAACGUGUUCUGGAUUCGGGGGUACCUGCAAGCGUACCACGAAGCCGCAAAAGACGAUUACUCGGAGCAUGUGGUACGUUUUUGUAAUGAAACAAAUAUAGAUGACCCUGAAGAUGCUUCUGGCUGAGUUCUCCUCUCUACAAAGGGUAUGCGUAUGGGCAGCAUGUGAACGUGAUGCGCUGCUUUUCGGGCAGCGUAAACAAAUGCUUUCGUUGAGAUAAAUUUGUCGAACUAAAAUUAAUCCGGAAUAAUAAUCGCACCUUCGCCGCGCUCCGCAUCAGGUUCCAGCAAUCUUUUUUGUGCGUACGGUCGAAUUCUGGUUGGGGUUGUUUCAAGCCACCUUCGCAGUUGCUUCCUCAGUUACGUUUUACUACGUGAGCGGUUCAUCAUGUGCACAGGUAAGCAGGGAAACCUUAACUACGAGCAGCUAUGGAAGCAUGAAUUCAUUGUGGCGAAAAGUUCUUUUUCAGGGAUGUUUUCUUUAAUUCAUUCUUGGUAUUUCCAUUUCGUAAAUGGAGGAAACAUGAUGACGCAUUCGUACGUAUAAAACCAACGUGCGAAAAAAAUUAUUGACGACUUCCCUCAAUACAACAGAGCCGCGUCGUUAUUUCCAGCCUCCUGUUGGCUGCGACAUCCGGUCUUGCCAUCGUGUUUGAUCUGUGCGCGCUCGUCUGCAGAUACACAUUCCGCUUUGUGUCUCGUGGAAAUUCAUGGGAUCCAGAACACGCCUGGUUUCAGUACCUCGAUUACGUUCUGAUGAGAUGCGCCAUUCCUGUGAUCGCUUGCCUGGCACUUAUCAUCACUGGAGGAGCGGGAGCUAAGUGCGAAAAUGCCACUGCGGCGUAUACGAUGGCCGGCCUCUUGGGUGCCGCAAUGUUUGCCGACACGUGUCUGGUACUACAUCUUUCUCGUAUAGGAAGGUAGUUUUUACGUCAAUCUCAAUUUCUCGUUGCUUGAUAUUGAUUCUAGUCGGCGAAGGCACAAAAAAAGAGGAUGAAAAACAAUUUUGAAUUUCUCUUCUAUGCAUCUACAGGUUUGCUUCACUGACGAGUUUGACGAUUGGGCGUGCCGAACCUUUCGCCAAGGUACUUAGACAACUGGCUCGUGUUUUACUUACAUGAUUAUAUUGGGUUCGUAUUGAAUGAAAUUCGUCCUCCUGUUGUUGUUUUGUCGCAUGAGCAUGACGCAUAAUCACAUCGCCCACACCUGGUUUGAUGGGUUUUCAUCGUUUAUUUCGAAUUAUUGGAGCAGCUACGUGUUAUUAAAGUGCGCCAUCCUACUUGGGCCUCUGUAUCCCUAUCAGGUACACCCAGCAUUCCCGGCGCAGUUUGCGCUAGCAUGUUCUGCAUCACCGCCUGGAUUGCCGCGGUUGGAAUGAACCUGUUCACCUGUCUAAACGCUCUGUUUGUGACAGAAAUGACGAUCUUGGGGCUGAUGACGAUUGGUGCGGCUAUCGCGGUGUUCAAAGCGGCUACAUUCAGCGGAAAUGGACCUGCGACGAGGGAUGAGACCACGCCGCUGGUUGGCCCGUAA